GACAUUAUCCCACACACGGAGGCGCUUUCUAGAUUGAUCUCACGCAUGUCAAUGAACUGCGCCAACAUUGCAUGCGCAAUGCCGCCAGCGCAUAGCGAUAUUCACCGAGGGGUUGGUGCCACUAACCCUUGGAAAUUGCUAAGAGGUUAGGUUCGGUCGAAGAUUAGGGUUGAGGUUAGGAGUUUAGAACACCGAAAUGAAAGCACGAAUAAUGACAAGGAGUUAUGAUAAAUUAUCUUGGACAGAAGCAAGAGAUUUGUUAAGAACUUGGAGAGAAGAUUCUGAACGACGAAGUCAAGAUGUAGUAAAUAUUUGGGAAAAUACUUUAAUGGGAAAGGUUGAUCGUUUGGGCAGUGAAAAAUAUUUGGUACUGGAACAAGUGUGUGUAGCUGCAUUGGAUUGUUAUCGUUUACCUAUAGCUGAAUAUUGCAUUAAGGCUUUAAUACGUGCAUUUCCUGGCAGUUUGCGUGUUCACAAAUACCAUGCCAUGCAUUUGGAGGCACUAGAAAUGUAUGAUGAAGCAAUAGAAGUAUUGGAUUCAAUUAUAAAAAGAGAUGAGACUAAUGCAGCACCAAGAAAACGUCGUGUAGCUAUUUUGAAAGCCCAGGGCCGCAUUCCAGAAGCAAUCAAGGAGCUUUCAGAAUAUUUGAAGAGAUUUAUGAGUGACCAAGAAGCAUGGCAUGAGCUAUGUGAUCUGUAUCUACAAGAACAAGAAUAUUCCAAAGCAGCCUAUUGCAUGGAAGAACUUAUACUGCAUAAUCCACACAGUCAUUUAAUUUACCAGAGAUAUGCGGAAAUAAAAUAUUCUCAAGGUGGAUUUGACAACAUGGAGUUAGCAAAGGCAUACUUCUGCCAAGCUGUGAAACUAAAUCCAAAUAACAUUAGAGCUCUAUAUGGAAUAUUGUUGACAACAAAUAAUAUUGCAACGUCACCUAAAUGCCUCGGGUCCAAGAAGAAGGAAGUAAUGAAAUUGAACGAAUGGGCUAGUAAACAAAUCGAGGAACAGUACAAAAAUAAAGUCUCGGACUUGAAGUGUAAAAAUAUAGAAGCUUUAUUAGGACAAUUGCAACUUGAUGCUUAGGAACUGUUAGUUAUACCGCUGUUGGCAAUUUAUAUAUUUAUUUUCACUUGUGUAACAUAUGUAAGUGGUAUAUUAUUAAAAAACAAUUUUUCCGAAGGAUGGUAAACACAAAGACUUCAAAUGUUGUUAAUUAUGUGCAUAAUAAAACAGUAACAGAACAUCACAAUUGAUAUAUGUAAACAGUAUUAUUUUGUUUUCUAUUUUCAAUUAUGUAGAUUACUUUGUGUUAAAGGUAAUUCUUUAAUGCUUGUUUAGAUACUUUAUGUGAUUAAUCAGUGUAAAAAAGUGUUAAACAUUUUUUCUGCACUAUGUAUAUAUAUAUACAUAUAUUGUGUAUAUAUAUAUAUAUGUAUGUAAUUAUCUUUUGAAUAUGCUUACAUUUUUCCGUAUAUCUUGCUGGUGUAUGUACAGAAUGUCUCUAAAACAGAUUCUCUUUUUUGUGAGAAUAAAAAGAAUAAAAAUGCUACAAAUGUUUUUGCGAUGUAUUUUUGUUUUUAUAACGCGCUAUCCGCUAUUAUAAAAGAAAACC